CUCAAAAUGUUUUGAGUGGUUCUGUCCCCCUGGGCUGGGGGGUCCGCGGUGCCCCCGUAGUCCCUUGGGGCUCUGCAGCUGUUAUUUCACAUGCCCACUAAGAGGGUGAGGCCCCUUUAAAGAGGAUCCUUUUCUUCCUGGAGGAUUUCAGAAUGGAGAUUUUUAACUGCUUAGGCUGACAUCCCCUCCAGAGAUCCAGCAUUUCCCACUGACCAGGUGCAGGGAAGCUGCAUCAUCUGGGAUGGUCGAAAGCGGAGGUUUCAAACACUUGGCUCUUAUGGCAAUAUUAUAUGUGAUAUGUACAGAUUAUAUACAUAAUUUUAAAACUCAUAUUCAAAUUCAUUUACUCAUAGAGAAUAAAGUUGUUUUCUCUCUAAGUGAUGUUAGGAGUCUAUAAGGUUGCCAAGGGAGGCUUCGGGAGUUGUAAUAAGAUUUUUCUUUUUCUUUUCCUGUUAGUCUGCGCUGCACACAGAUCUCUCUAAAACAAAUGUAUCCAACUUUUUUCAACGUAUGUUUGGCAUGUGGUCACUUUCUGGCAUGGGCUUCGCUCUGGGGAGUGAGCUGAGCCUUCAGCACCUGGCGCAGAGCCCAGCACACAGACACAGAGCACUCCUCAGUUCCCUGAAUGAAAAUGAAAGGAAGUAUACAGUGUGGAGGGGGAAAUGGUCAGGGAUAUUACUGUGCUCAGAGAAACCUAAAAUGUUUUAAAAAUAUACAUUUUUAUGAAAAAUAUUCUAGAAAUCCAGCAAGCUUCUGCAGAAUUCAGAAUCCUCUGAGGUUUCAAAAAGCACCAAUUAGAGCACUGUUUCUUGGUUCUGUUUAUGAGAGCCCCCGUCGUAUCACCAGUCAACUCAGGAACAUUUUGUAGUGACAUUGGGUUUGUAUGUGUAUGCAUACUUAAAAAAAUCACACCAUCAAUCUCACAGUGUCGGAAUCCAACAGAAUUAUCAAUCUAGAUCAAAAUUUCUAAAAGCUGGGGAAUCCUCAACCAGCAGCCCCAGAAGAAUCAGGUUUUUAUUCAGUUUCUUUAGAUACCUGUGCCCCCACCUUGUGUCCCAAUCUGGGGCUACUUAAUUAGAAACUAUGAAGGUGGGACCAAGAAAUCUAAAUUUUUAACAGCUUCUCAGGUCACUAGUUACAUUAAAGUUGGAAAAUUACUAAAGAAAAGCAAACCUCGAAAUAACUCUCGAGAUCCUUUCUAAGGGCACUUAAAUCUAGAAGACAGUUCUGGAAAUGUUUUGCGCGCUCUUCCUAUUCUACUAAUUAAAAUAUCUAACACAUGAGUAUUCUGGGUCAUUCAUUAAAUAAGCAAGUCAAAUUCAUCCAUGUGUUCAUAGGCUUAUUACCUGCUGGUAGAAUGGAAAGAGAAUAAGCAUGUGAUAAUUGAUUCCAGUGAAUCAUCUUCUAGUUUGACCAGAACAGAUCAAAAUGACCAAAAUGUUCUCUUUGAGCCUCUAAAUUAGUUAUAGCAUCUGCAAGCUAAGACUGUCUCUUAUCUUCAAGCCUUGGGAAAGAGUUGUAUCUCUACCAGCUAGUGAAGAAAGCUCACUCACACUUUUGGUUGAAGAGGGUUAAGCUAUAGUGGGUGAGAACCACUUGAAGCCUUUGUAUGGAAAUUUAAAAUUCAAGCCUGAAAAUAAGCAGCGUUUGGGGUUUACAUACAUGUGAAAACAUGUGCCAUGGUAAUGUCGUUUAAAGUCUCUGGAUUUCAACUUCAGUUUUCUUUUCCACAAAUCACUUCAUAUGUUCUGUAGUGGUUCUCAUCAGGGAUUCCCUGGACCCUUAGAGUCCUCAAAAAUAUUAAGAAGGAGAUGGUCCAUUUUCAGUAUUUUAAACUAACCAAAAGAAAUUGUACGUUUAUUCUGAGAACACUAUGCAGUCCAAUGUUUUCAAGAGCCUGCUUUGGGGAUCAAUUACACCAACUCAUUGUGGUUAUCUGAGAGCUCUUUUUAGCAUUCAUUCAUUCAUCCAUGAAGGAAAAUAGUUAUACUGUGAUAUGAAUUAGAAUGUCAUGGAGGGUCUCUUAACCAACAUCAGGAGUUGUAGGAAAUGGCUGUCAAGAGAGACUACAGAGUAGGUAAUGUCUAAACUGAAUUGUAAAGGACACAUAGAAUUGGUCAGGUGAAAAAGCUGGAUACGUGUAAAAUAUGCAGAGGCUCAGAAAGAGAGAAAACAAUUGUGGUAUGUCCUGGGCACUGCAAAUAAUUAAGUAUAGCUGAGAGUUUGGAGUUGAGUGGGGUUGUGGAGUAAGUGGGGGAAGAUUAGAGGUAAUGGCUAAGCCUGGAGAGUUUAGCUGGGAUGAGGAUUCAGUUGAAGGGCCUGUGCGCCAGACCUGAAUGAUGCUGAAGACGGUGGACAGCUUUAGAAAAGCUUAAAGUGAAGGACGGGCGUGAUCAUAUUCACAAUGUAUAGAGAAAACCACAGCCACGAUGCAGAGAAUGGGCUGGAGGUGGUGAGACUGACGCUGGUCAGGAGCUGCUACAGAAAUUCAUGAGAGAAAUGAGACACUGAACGAGGUAGUGGCAUUGGUGGCGGAAGAUGAGACUAAAAUUCAUAGAAUGGAUAGUUCUUGAGGUUUAAUUGGGUAUGGGUGGCGGGGAAAGGCUGGAACAAAGGAAGAUCCCUGAAAGCACAGUCUGAGAAAGCAUAUCACAGGUGGCAUCAGAAACCCAUGCCUUUGAUGGGGGCAUGACUGUGUUUCGUCCAGUCCUGGAUGAGGGUGCAGUAUGCCUUAUGAAGGAGUCAGACCUGAGUUUGAAUUUGAAUCUGGAUUUAGCCAUCUUCUGCCCAGCCCCCUGCGUUCUGUAAUUUCAGACACACUACUUAACCCACGAUGCCUCUGCAAGAUGGUUGUAAUAAAACCUAUCUUUUAGAAUCACUGGGAGCAGAGAGAAGGAAUAUGGUGGUUUACUGGAGUUGGACAUUGGACAUUGAAUGUCUUCCAUCUUAGAGUCUUCAUUAUUAAUAGUAGCAUCACUAUCUUUAUUCCCAAGCUCUGUGAUCCUGCCCAACUUCAUGCAAAAUCAGGGACAGGACAGUAAGAGUUUCUUUGACUUGCCAGCACCGCUAAAAAGUCUAAAACCCAGCACCUCUAAAAAGAAUAAAAGACCUCUUUGUCAUGGACACUGUGGCCCAUGGAACACCUCAGGAAUCUGCUAGUAUUGGGGGCCCCUAUGUCAGCAGAGGCCUGGUAAUCUUAGCCGUGCUCCUCCUUGCUGUGGGUGUCAUGCACCCUCGCCCACCACACCCCCUCCAAAACACUGCCCCUUUCGCUAUAGAACCAUCUGGCCAGCACAUGGCCUGCCCCACAUGUUUGUGGUGAGGAUAAAAUGUGAUCCUGUGUGAAAGUUCUUUGUAAUUCCAAAGGGCACAGCUAUUCUUAUUACUACUGGUUUGGACAUAAUGCACAACCCUCCCACUCCCCAUUCUGUCUCUCUCUGCCUCUCAGUUUCACUGUCUGUCUUUCUCUCUCUCUCUCUCUCUCUCUCUCUCACUCUCUCACACACACACACACACACACACACCAGUUUCACAGAAACACAAGCCAUCAAGCCACACUGUAAAUGAGGGACUUGCACUGGAGCCAUUAUGGAAGAGGAAUUGUUUCCUUCAGAGUAAUUGACACAUGAUAGCAGCCCAUAUUGUCGUACGCAUUGGAUGAACAGCAUACUUCAGCUCCUGGCACCACAGCUUCACCUAAUGGGAGAAAACAUUUAUGUGUAAUAAUAGUAAUACAAGAGAGCAAGGAGGCUGAUGCUCAGGAAAGAGUUUCUGUGAUUCUUCCACGAGGGUGCAGUCAUACUAAGAGGCUUCGGGCUUUUGAGGCAGAAGGGCCAGGGACUUCCUAAGAUAAGGCUAUGUGGGAUGAGACACUGCCCUGAGUCCUGAGGAGAGGAGGGUCACAGGAACAUUUCUCUGUGCACAGCCAGGCAUUCCCAUGUUCUCUGAGCAGGGAGCUUGUGAAUCAGCCUUCUCAGCCACAUAGCUGGUUCUGUGUCUCCCUCUCCGCCUCCCUCUGUCUCCCAUGAGAAACAUAAAGAGAAUUAGACUCCCAGACCACCUUUCCAUAUAGCAAAGGAUGAUGAGGCAGACAGAAGGGAUGCUAAGAUUGCUCUGCUAUUUUGGACUUAACAAAACAUAAAAAUCACAGUGCAGCAUCUUCAAUAAUGUCUAUCUUAUAUUCCAAACUGCAGAUACAUGAAAUAUAUAAAUCAAGAUUUGGGUUAAAGGGGCUUGCGGUGGAGAACUUUAGGCCCUGGAGGAAAGGGAACACUUGGAGGCUCCAAUCAGGUGGCAUGUUGAAAAUGAUUCGAACCUCAACGAUCUAGCCUCUGCUCUUCUACAAUCUAGGACAUGAAUGCAUUAGCACUUGGACUUGGACUUGAAUUGCAAAUUUAAUUUUUGUUGUUCAUAUUUAAAAAGCUACACCAGAUGCUUGGAAAACAUUAGGGUUUUGCUGGCUAGAGAACAGAAAUAUUCUACCUAUUUGUGUUUUGAAGAUCCAGUAAGCAUUCCUUCUCAGCUGCAGUUGUAACUAUUUGUAUCACUGAAUUUUGAAAAUGGUAAAGCUAAGCCUUCGUAGGUGUUUACUGGUAUCAGGUGUGAGGCUAAAUGCUUUCUACAUUAUUUCAUUUAACCUCAGACUCACGGUAACUCUAUGAGCUAGUUAUUACUGACCCACUUUGCAGAUAAGGAAACCAAGGCUCAGGAGAGUUUAAGUAAGUUUUCCAGGAUUCAUUUAUUCAACAUGUAUUUAUUGUCUACUCUGAGCUACUGGAAACCCAGUAGUAAACAAAAUGGAAGAACCCCUGCCUUCAUGUAACUUAUAUUCUAAUGGAAGGUAUCAUAGCCAACAUUUCUUAAGACCCAGACAAUAUUGAUACGUAUUAGCUCUUAGGUAGGUGAUGUUGGAUUUGAACUCAAGCAUUCUAACUCCAGAGCCAGUGCUCCUCUUUCUCUAAUUCUCACUGUACUGCCUCACCCAGCAGCCCACUCAGCCAUAGGAGGUGAAACCUGGGGUCCCAGCCAGACCUGCCUGGCUCUAUGGUCUUGGCCACCACCGUUUUAUAGAGAAACAAAUGGACCAGCUUUCUUUACUUCUCUGUCCUGCUCCAUUCAUUACAUGACCUGGAACAGUCAUGGACUUAGACUUUCUAAAAUCGAGUCAGUUCAUUGUUAAGACAAAUGCUUAUGUUUUGAAGGUUAACAUCACUCCAGGAGGUGUAAAAAGCCCUAACUCUCGUUUCCUUUAUGUCCUGAAGCUGUGGUAUUUGACCAUGCCGCUAUGUUUGGAGCUAUGUUCAAGUAUCUUCCAUACUUCUCAUCAAAACCAUGCUACAAGAGACUGUGAAAAGGAAGUUGGAAGGAGCUCGAUCACCACUUAAUGGAGACCAGCAGAAUGGUGCUUGUGAUGGGAAUUUUUCUCCAACUAGCAAACGAAUUCGAAAGGACAUUUCUGCGGGGAUGGAAGCCAUCAACAAUUUGCCCAAUAACAUGCCACUGCCUUCAGCUUCUCCUCUUCACCAACUUGACCUGAAGCCUUCUUUGCCCUUGCAGAACAGUGGAACUCACACUCCUGGGCUUCUAGAAGAUCUAAGGAAGAAUGGUAGGCUCCCUGAGAUUAAACUUCCUGUCAACGGUUGCAGUGACCUGGAGGAUAGCUUCACCAUCUUGCAGAGCAAAGACCUCAAACAAGAACCUCUCGAUGACCCUACUUGCAUAGACACAUCAGAAACAUCUCUUUCAAAUCAGAACAAGCUGUUCUCAGACAUUAAUCUGAAUGAUCAGGAGUGGCAAGAAUUAAUAGAUGAAUUAGCCAACACGGUUCCUGAGGAUGACAUACAGGACCUGUUCAACGAAGAUUUUGAAGAGAAGAAGGAGCCAGAAUUCUCGCAGCCAGCAACCGAGACCCCUCUCUCCCAGGAGAGUGCAAGCGUGAAGAGCGACCCCUCUCACUCUCCCUUCGCACAUGUCUCCAUGGGAUCUCCCCAGGCGAGGCCUUCUUCUUCUGGUCCUCCCUUUUCUACUGUCUCCACGGCCACUAGUUUACCUUCUGUUGCCAGCACUCCUGCAGCUCCAAACCCUGCAAGCUCACCAGCAAACUGUGCUGUCCAGUCCCCUCAAACUCCAAACCAAGCCCACACUCCAGGCCAAGCUCCACCUCGGCCUGGAAAUGGUUAUCUCCUGAAUCCAGCAGCAGUGACAGUGGCCGGUUCAGCAUCAGGGCCUGUGGCUGUGCCCAGCUCUGACAUGUCUCCAGCAGAACAGCUCAAACAGAUGGCUGCACAGCAGCAACAAAGGGCCAAACUCAUGCAACAGAAGCAGCAACAGCAGCAACAGCAGCAGCAGCAGCAGCAGCAACAGCAGCAGCAGCAGCAGCAACACUCAAAUCAGACUUCAAAUUGGUCUCCCUUAGGACCUCCCUCUAGUCCAUAUGGAGCAGCUUUUACUGCAGAAAAACCAAAUAGCCCAAUGAUGUACCCCCAAGCCUUUAACAACCAAAACCCUAUAGUGCCUCCAAUGGCAAACAACCUGCAGAAGACAACAAUGAAUAACUACCUCCCUCAGAAUCACAUGAAUAUGAUCAAUCAGCAGCCAAAUAACUUGGGUACAAACUCCUUAAGCAAACAGCACAAUAUUCUUACUUAUGGCAACACUAAACCCCUGACCCAUUUCAAUGCAGACCUGAGUCAGAGGAUGACACCACCAAUGGCCAACCCCAACAAAAACCCCUUGAUGCCAUACAUCCAGCAACAGCAACAGCAGCAGCAACAGCAACAGCAGCAGCAGCAGCAGCAGCAGCAGCCACCACCUCCACAGCUCCAGGCCCCCAGGGCACACCUGAGCGAAGACCAGAAACGCAUGCUUCUCAUGAAGCAGAAAGGAGUGAUGAAUCAGCCCAUGGCUUACGCUGCACUUCCAUCCCACGGUCAGGAGCAGCAUCCAGUUGGACUUCCCCGAACCACAGGCCCCAUGCAGUCCUCCAUGCCCCCAGGCUCAGGUGGCAUGGUCUCAGGAGCCAGUCCUGCAGGCCCUGGCUUCCUGGGCAGCCAGCCCCAAGCAGCCAUCAUGAAGCAGAUGCUCAUUGAUCAGCGGGCCCAGUUGAUGGAGCAGCAGAAGCAACAGUUCCUGCGGGAGCAAAGGCAGCAGCAGCAGCAGCAGCAGCAGCAGAUUUUGGCGGAACAGCAAUUGCAGCAAUCACAUCUACCCCGGCAGCACCUCCAGCCACAGCGGAAUCCAUACCCGGUGCAGCAGGUCAAUCAGUUUCAAGGUUCUCCCCAGGAUAUAGCAGCCGUAAGAAGCCAAGCAGCCCUCCAGAGCAUGCGAACGUCACGGCUGAUGGCACAGAACGCAGGCAUGAUGGGAAUAGGACCCUCCCAGAACCCUGGGACGAUGGCCACUGCAGCUGCGCAGUCAGAGAUGGGACUGGCCCCUUACAGCACCACGCCUACCAGCCAACCAGGAAUGUACAGUAUGAGCACAGGCAUGACCCAAAUGUUGCAGCACCCAAACCAAAGUGGCAUGAGCAUCACACAUAAUCAAGCCCAGGGACCGAGGCAACCUGCCUCUGGGCAGGGGGUUGGAAUGGUGAGUGGCUUUGGUCAGAGCAUGCUGGUGAACUCAGCCAUUACCCAGCAACAUCCACAGAUGAAAGGGCCAGUAGGCCAGGCCUUGCCUAGGCCCCAAGCCCCUCCAAGGCUGCAGAGCCUUAUGGGAACAGUCCAGCAAGGAGCACAAAGCUGGCAACAGAGGAGCUUGCAGGGCAUGCCUGGGAGGACUAGUGGAGACUUGGGACCAUUCAACAAUGGCGCCAGCUACCCUCUUCAAGCUGGGCAGCCGAGACUGACCAAGCAGCACUUUCCACAGGGACUGAGCCAGUCAGUCGUGGAUGCUAACACGGGCACAGUGAGGACCCUCAACCCAGCUGCCAUGAGUCGGCAGAUGAUGCCAUCGCUCCCGGGGCAGCAAGGCACCAGCCAGGGGAGGCCAAUGGUCAUGUCUGGCCUGAGCCAGGGAGUUCCGGGCAUGCCAGCAUUCAGCCAGCCCCCAGCACAGCAGCAGAUACCCAGUGGCAGCUUUGCUCCAAGCAGCCAGAGCCAAGCCUAUGAGCGGAAUGCCCCUCAGGACGUGUCAUACAAUUACAGUGGUGACGGAGCUGGGGCUUCCUUCCCUGGCCUCCCGGAUGGUGCAGAUCUUGUGGACUCCAUCAUCAAAGGUGGGCCAGGGGACGAGUGGAUGCAGGAGCUUGAUGAAUUGUUUGGUAACCCCUAGUCAAGAGAGGCCCCAAGAGCCAUGACUCGAGUGGUUAAAGCUUAAAAAGUGAAAAAGAAACAGGAUGUUGACCCAUCCUUGUUUUUUGUUUUUUUGACCCACGUAAACUGAGCAAAACUGCAGCUGGCUGACAGUGGAAGAUCCAGGUGCCAAUCCACAGCCCCGCCGGGCCUCAUUUCACCUGAUUUUCACACAGCAAUCGAGAUGAGACGCCACGCAGAUCCCUGCUGCGAGAGAGGGAGACACCCAGAGGAGCAGGUGGGAAGACAAAGCCAGCCAGAGCCCCUCUGCUCAGCCUCAGCGUGCCCUGUGAUCGCCUGGCCCAGCAGGAGCUACUUCAGCCAAGAGGGACUGUUACCCAAGAGAGGUAUCCUCAGACCCUCCUGCCCCAGGUCGGGAGACAGCAGCUUUGGAGACACAAAAGAGACAGAGCCUCGGCCAGAGAGAGUCCCCCAGAAGAGGCUGGGUGGUUGCACAGGCCAGGUGCACAGGUUGGAAAUGCACUGAACUCUGGGUGCCAAGAGAUGUAAGGCUUCGAGACAUGCUACUGAAUUUGGAGGGCAGGCACGAAGAACAGCGAGAUAGUCACAGGGAGACAACAACAGAUCCUACAGGCCUGUCUGUCUCCUGCCCCAUGAUGACCCUCAGGAAUUGCAGAGGCUCCGCUGUCACAAGGAGAGCAGGCUGAGUUUGGAGCACGGUCCAUCCAGCAGUCCUGGGGCAUCUGCCCUCUGCUGGUGCCCCUGGUGGCAGUCCCUCCAGGUAGGGCUGGAGCCCGCUGACGCCCAAUACAAAACAUCCAGGUGGGUCACAUCUACUUCUGGCGGCCGCAGGGCAGAGAAACCCCUACUGGACGCUGUGUGUCUGCCAGCCUGGAGCCUUUGUCUCCAGCCCUGCCUUUAUUCCUCCUUGCCUCCACACCGGCCUCCCCUCGCUUCUCCUUACAGACUAUCCAAGAAGUGAAGCUUAUGUCUUUAGGGAGCCUUGGGCAGAGUCCACAUAAAUGCAGGAAGAACUUAAGACAAUGCCUGAAAUGCAAAGGCAACACUGGAGUCUUCUUUCUCUAACAUGUGUAGAGUUGAAUGAAUAUCUCUGCCUGGAACUGAGAGGGCUGCUCUGAUGUUUGGGCAUCGGUUUUUGUGAGCCACAUCUGAUAUGUCUGAUAUCCCCGGGAAGGAGUGGCCUGGAGGUCACUGGUUCAGGCUCCCUUUGGGCGAAAUCCCGGGAGUGAUGCUCUAAAAUCCACCUUUCCCAUCAUCCCUACUCAUCGGAAAGAUAAAUAUAAAAUCCCUGAGAGGUGGAGGAGCUAAAAAAAGCAAUUGCUCCACCUUACAAAUUUGGAUAUAAAGGAGAUGUAGUUUCUUUCAUAUGAGCAAAGUAGUCCUCUUCCAAAGUCCUGUACAGUUGUUCUCUUUGUCAUUGACGCACAUCUGCCCUAAGCGAAAUCUGUCAGAAGGAAUCAACAAGGCUCCUUGCCUCCCCUCCCAAUCCCCCUUUUGGAGGCCCUUUGGCUUCAGUGUUGUCCUAAGUGAGAGUGGUGUGUACUUUUCUCCUGUCCCCUCCUCCCUCCGCGUCCUAGACACUGGCUGCCUUCUGUGCACUCCCAGGCAGCUCAUCACAGAGGAAUCGCAGCCUGUGGGGUUGGACUGGCCACACUCAGUCCUGAGAAGGCGAGUUGCCAUGGAAAGCUGGGAGCAGGGAGGUUUGGAGAGGAGGCGGCGAGCAACAUUGUCUUUGACUUGCUCUCAGUGUACCCCGCGUUGUAGAUCUGCUCAGCAAGGGGCAGGAUGUAAGGCCAGAGGUGCCUGGUGGGUGAGAAGUCCAGGCAGGGGCUGGGCGCCCUCUCCGAAGAGGUGGCAGCAGAGUGACCCUGAACUCCCCAGAUGGGGACUCAUGCCACUGGGGAAACUGAGUGGAAAGAGAUGAAACCAAAAAAAAAAGCAAACAAAUGAGAAGACACAGAAAACAUAAUUACCUUUUCCUGAAAGGUACAGGAAAUAAAUAAGCAAUGAUGAGAAACUGGAGGUGGCUAAUGGAAGUGGGACAGGGGUGGGGGCUCCAUUAUCUUUUAAAAGCUUCCUCCAAAUGCUCAGUACUAGGACCAACUAAUAGAGAGAGAGAUUUGAAUACGGUGGUUUUGUUUUGGUUUUGUUUUUACUACGGUGCUGAUGUAUAUGUAAUGUCUAAAAAAAGUUAUUUGUACAUAAGUUUUUACAAUACUGCAGAUAUCACUGGGUCUACUAUCUGUAAAAAAUAUACAUAUAAAUAUAUAUAUACUGUUUGUUUAAAAUAGAGUAUUUUUAUUUCAUUCCUUAACUCAUCAUCACAGCAGUGGUAUUGCACUUCAGAUGACAUCUAAUGACUAAUUUGUACUGUAUGACCUAUGGGAACUUGCUCCAUUUUAUUCAGAUUUUUCUAGUUUUCUGUUUUUACUUUGUACAUUGAGCAUUGCUUAUUUCCUUUUAAGAAAUGUACAGAACUCUGAAAUGUAGAAAUGAAGUGAUGUUGACAUACCACUUUUAAAGAAAACAAAAAUGAAAAUAAAAGAUUAUCUGAAUCAA